AUGGUGGAUGAGAGGAAUGGCAAGCAUGACAAAGCCACGGCUUUAAACGGCGACGCAUCUGCGAUUUCUAAAGAAGAAAAUACGUCAAAAACUGAUGAGAAAACAGAAGAACUGUCAGAAGAGGAUCUGAAACUCAAGACAGAUCUUGAGACGCUUGUUGAAAGGCUUACGGAAAGUGAUGAAAAGCUUUACGAAGUUUCUUUGAAUCAACUCAAAGAGCACAUCAAGAACUCUACGAGCUCGAUGACUGCAGUGCCCAAACCUUUGAAGUUUUUGAGACCUUCAUACCCAACACUAUGUUCUGUUUACGAGAAAUGGACGGAUGCUAAACUCAAGUCACUUAUGGCAGACACGCUUUCAGUUUUGGGGAUGACGUAUUCUGACGAAGGUAAGCACGAUUCGUUGAGGUAUAGACUGCUUUCAGACGAAAAGGACAUAGAAGGCUGGGGUCACGAGUAUAUUCGCCAUUUGGCGCUUGAAAUCGGCGAUGCGUAUAACGAGCAGGUUGAGCACGAUGCCAACGAAUCCUCAGAAGCGUCUCCGGAGCUUGAAAGCUCUUCAGACGUGACCUUCCACAAAGAAAAUCUGGUGCAACUCAGUUUAGACAUAUUGCCCUAUUUUUUGAAGCAUAAUGCCGAGGCCGAUGCCGUAGAUUUGCUGCUGGAAAUUGAAUCUAUAGAGAAACUGCCCCAAUUUGUGGACGAAAACACUUUCCAAAGGGUUUGCCAGUAUAUGGUUGCAUGCGUUCCUCUUUUGCCACCACCAGAAGAUGUGGCAUUUCUUCACACCGCGUAUUCGAUAUACUUACGCGAAUCGCAAUUGACGGAAGCACUUGCCUUGGCUAACAGAUUAGGUGAUGAAACUCUUAUAAGAUCGGUUUUCGACUCGACGGCUAACCCUGUCAUUCAUAAGCAAUUGGCAUACAUUCUUGCUAGUCAAAGGUCCUCUUUCAACUACGAAAGUGUACAGGACAUUAUCGGUAACUGCAAGCUGUCAGAGCACUUCCAAUAUUUGGCCAAGGAGCUCAACCUGACGGUACCCAAGGUUCCCGAGGACAUUUACAAAAGUCAUCUGGACAGCUCCUCCAAAAGCCUUUUUGCAGGCACUGGCUUGGAUUCGGCACAGCAAAAUUUAGCCGCUUCUUUUGUUAAUGGGUUUUUGAAUCUGGGAUAUUCAAGCGAUAAACUAAUAGUCAAUGACGAUAAUUGGGUCUACAAAACCAAAGGCGAUGGUAUGACUUCAACGGUGGCAAGCAUAGGAUCCAUUUUUCAGUGGAACCUUGAUGGUUUGCAGCAAUUGGACAAGUAUCUGUACGUUGAUGAAACAGAAGUUAAGGCCGGUGCUCUUAUUGGUAUUGGUCUUUCCGCCUGUGGCGUUCAUGAUGGCGACGUCGAACCCGCUAUGCUUUUACUUCAGGACUUUGUCACAAGCUCCAACCUUAAACUCUCGAGAUCAUCGAUCUUGGGUCUAGGUAUAGCAUUUGCCGGUAGUCGCAAUGACGAGUUAUUGGGACUACUUUUGCCAAUUGCCGCUGACACAAGCCUUCCAAUUGAAACCUCGGCUUUAGCGUCGUUGGCUUUAGCACAUGCUUUUGUUGGUACAUGCAAUGGUGAUAUUACGACGGCUAUUGUGGACAAUCUUUUGGAACGCUCAGCGACAGAGUUGAAGACCGAGUGGACAAGAUUCUUAACUUUGGCUUUGGGAAUACUGUACAUGGGCCAAGGAGAUCAAGUUGAGGAUGUCAUUGAGACUCUUUCGGCUAUUGAGCAUCCAAUUACUUCGGCUAUUGAAGUCCUUGUCAACGUGUGUGCAUACACAGGAACUGGUGACGUACUCUUAAUUCAAGACCUUCUACACCGUCUGACACCGAAAACCAAGGAUGCCGAUGAUGAAGAACAAGAGGAGGAGGAAGACCUUGAGGCUGAUAUUGAAAAUGUUCUGGAGGGUGGCCUAGAUUUCGGUAAACUUGCUGACGCAGAGACCAAGGACGCUAGAGAUGAUUCCGUCGUCGAAGACAAAAUGGAUGUCGACGAAGGAAACACUUUAGAGAGUGAAAAGUCUGGGGAUACUGCUAUCAAGGAAGAGGACAAAGAACAGACUGAUUCGGACGAAAAGGAAGUUGCUAUGAUUGAUGAACUGACGUACGCCGUCCUUGGUAUUGCCAUCAUUGCGAUGGGCGAGGAAAUAGGGAAAGAAAUGUGCUUGCGCCAUUUCAGUCAUUUGAUGCAUUACGGAAAUGAGCACAUUCGUAAGGCCGUGCCGCUAGCGAUGGGACUUCUCUCAGUUUCUAAUCCUCAAAUGAAGGUUUUCGAUACGCUUUCGAGGUUCUCCCACGACCCUGACUUGGACAUCUCUAUGAACUCCAUAUUUGCCAUGGGUCUUUGUGGGGCUGGUACGAAUAAUGCGAGACUGGCGCAAUUGCUCAGACAGUUGGCAAGUUACUAUUCUCGGGAACAAAAUGCUCUCUUCGUAACACGUCUUGCCCAGGGUCUAGUACACUUGGGUAAAGGUACAGUAACCUUGGACGUGUUCAACGAUGCACAAGUGCCAAACAAAGUAACACUAGCAUCUUUGUUGACGGUAAUAGUAGGGAUGGUGACGCCAUCGUUUAUGCUCAAUCACCACAGUCUGAUUUAUUAUUUGAACAUCGGUGUAAGACCCAAAUUCAUUUUGACUCUCGAUGAAGAAGGUGAGCCUAUAAAAGUCAAUGUCAGGGUCGGCCAAGCAGUCGACACUGUUGGCCAAGCUGGUAAACCCAAGACCAUUACAGGGUGGAUUACCCAUUCGACUCCUGUUCUACUAGGUCACGGGGAAAGAGCAGAAUUAGAGACCGAUGAAUACAUUAGCUAUGCCAGCAGACUCGAAGGCGUAGUUAUUUUGAGAAAAAAUCCUGAUUACAAGGAAGAGGAGUAA